AUGCGUCGGAAACGCGGUUUUCUGUUUUUGCUUCCAAUGUGUCUGACAAUGGUUUUUAUCGCUUUAAACGCGAGGUCGUCUGUGGAUCUGCUUGAACUCUCGAGUGUCACUGAAAAACGUAGCUCAUUCAAAAAACGUCACGAAGAAUCACGUGUCGAUGAUCGAUGGAUCGCUCGCAGCCAGACACGUCGAUAUGUCACACCUUCCCUCGCCGAAUUGGGUGACAUUCCGUAUAAAUACAAACACGUUCUUAUGCUGACACGCAUACCUGGUACAGGCGCCGAAUUGAUGGUACUGAUUCUUCAACGUUUACAAGGAUAUAACGCUUUUAAACAUAUACGUCUACCAACGAGUGAUUACGGAUUUUUAUCGGCUUUACAACAGGAAUUAUUAGUGGAAGAAGUUAUAAAUAUCAUCAGACAAGAAGCUAUUCCCUUAACUUUCGAUGGAGACGUAAAAUUUCUAAAUUUUUCGGCAUUUGGACGUCAAGGACCUACUUUUAUAUCUUUAGUGAGAGACCCUUUGGAUCCACGAAUUUGGCAAUGGAAAGGAAAAGAGAGCAUGCUUUAUCACGGAGCUAUAUCACAUUUUUGUGGACAGGAACCGCGCUGCAUGGAACGAAAUAACACGUGGGCGUUAGAACGCGCUAAAGCAAAUGUUAUUCGAUGGUAUCCCGUUGUUGGCAUAUUGGAUUAUAUGGAGGAAUCGCUGAAUGCGUUCGCAACCGAGUUUCCCUAUUUUUUUAAUGGUGCUAUUAAUAUCUAUAAUCAAUUUCGAUCUAAAGAGACUCUACCCACUUUGGUAACUUUAAAACUACGAAUUAAAGAUGCAUCCUUGAGAAGAGUUCUUGCGCAAGAAGUGGAAUUUUAUCAAUGGUUAAAAUCUCGACUUCUCAACAAAACUUUUAACAACGACGAUUGAAUACUGCAGUAGAGCCCAGUAAAAUCGAUUGCAAUCGUAAUGUAAAAUUGGAGAGGUCAAAUAUUGCCUUUAUUAUGAAAAGUUUUCUAUAAUAAUACGCAGGAUAAAUAUUCUUUUUUCUUACAUGGCCUAAUAUGAAUAGUGAGAUAGCAAUGCUGAGGAACAUUACGAGCAUACAGAUUUACAUAAAAUA